UUACCUGACACCAAUUUCACCUGCGCGCGUCAAUCAAGCCAUUUUCAUUACACAACACAUCACUUUGGUUGGUUGUUCUUUUUAAGGGAGGUAACGCAAACGGCCAUAUUGACAUCCCAUUGGAAAACACUGUGUAGCAUCGGAGUGACGCAGCUUGGAAUUCCCAAAUAUCCGAUUAUGACGACCGGAAUGCUGCCUGUAAAAUAAAAUUACGAAGACUAUCGGAGCUAAAACGGUGAAAUUGAAGUGAAGUAAGCGGGAAUACGUUGUAUUUUCUGUGCUGAGCCUCAAGGGGGCGAUGUCUGACAACAGCAGCAGCACAGGUAGCAGCCGCAGCGGAUCCUUGACCACCAGUUGGACCAUGCUGUCCCCAGAGGAAGCUGCUGAAAUUGUUGAUCCUGUGGAUGGUGGGACUGAGUGUCUUUGUGAUGUCCCUAGUCUGUCAGAGGAAGUCACAGGGGCCACUGAAGAGUCUAAGCCGAGUGACCAGGAGACUCCAAUAGAAACAGUGUUGUCAGAGGAGGGCCAACAGGAAAUGGCUCCUGAUACCUGUGAGGGCCCUGUCCCCUCCAGACCUACCCUGUUAAGCCCAUCCCCGACUAGUGGUGUGCCCCUUGACCAUGACCUGGACAGUCAACCUGAACCCCCCAUCAUCCAUUCUAUGGUAACCAGCUCCCCCACUGACAAUGAGCAACUCGCUGCCAUGCCCUUUGUCACUCAUUUCGACCUGGUUGUACCAUUGGAUGCAUCCUUCACAAAACCACCCCCCUCAGAGGUUGAGCCUGAGUUAAGCCCUGUCCCUGAGAGCUCUCCUCUUGAUACCCACACUGAUGCAGGCCCUGUACCUGAGAGUAUUGCCCUAGAGACUAGUGCCCCUAGUGCUAAACACGACCUAAGCAUUCACACAGAGACUCCCACCCCAACGGGCCCCCCAUCUGACACUGUCACUGAUAUUGGUCAUGCCUCAGAAAGCCCAGCCCCUGAUAGUCCUCCUCCAGAUACCAUUGGUUCAGAGAGUGCAGCACAAGAGCCAUCACUGGAAACGGGGGAGACAGAAUUACCUGAAAAAGUGACCGAUAUACCAAAGGAAAAAGAAUCUCCCAGUAGCUUUAAGUUUGGAAGAGCUGACACGAGUGCUGAGGAAGGAAAUGGUCUGAGGCGGAGAAAUGUGGCACCAACAAUGACAUCGGAGGAAGAUGAUGAUGAUGAGGAAGUGGAAUUCAAACUGGCAGAGGGGAAAGGGGGGAAGAAGGGCUUCUCUAUGAACACCUGCAUUGUGGCAGCCCUGGUCCUGCUCUGUCUAGGGUCCCUCUUCCUCUCCGAUGACUCGGAUGAGCUGAGUGGGGCAGAACAAAACCAGGACUGGCUAAACGAUCCUCAGAAGAUGAAGGAGCUUUUGGACAAACUGACACAAGAAAAUCAUCAAAUCUCCCAGUUAGAAACACAGCUCCAGGCCCAUAAAGAAGAACUUGACUCUGCACUAAAUGCAGGAUCAGCAACGGGUAAUGAAAACAGAAAAGGCGAUCUGGAGCAAGAAAAUACUAUGAAAGAAGAGCUGUCAUCCCUGCCUGGCCUGAAGGAGGAGCUGGAGUCGCUGAGGGCCAGAGUGACCGAACUGUCCCAACUCACUGCAGCCAACCAGGAUACAGCCCCACUGCCCUCAAGCCCAACUCCACCACCUACUGGCCAACUUGGAAUUAACAACCAGAGUAGCACCACAGUAGUGCCCGAAAGGAGGAGUGACCUGAGAGAGGGUGCCAGGGUGAAGGAAGAGCUUCAGAGGCAGAAGGUGCUGUUGGAGGAAAGCAGGAAGAGACUGGAGGGGAGGAAGAAGGAUGAAGGAUACCAGAAGAGGGUAAGGGAGAGCCUGGCUGAUAUCCAGAGGAGGCUCAGUGAGCAGGUGGAGAAGAUGGGGAGGAGUGAGGGCAAGAAAAAGCCAUGGGAAAGCAGGAACAAGGAUGGGAAAAAAGGCAAGGACCACAGCAAAGGCCACUGGAAAAAGGAAGAGAAGGAGUGGAAGGGAGAGAAGUACUGGAAACACUGCAUGGAGGGCAGAUGGAAGGAGAAAGAUGAGAGGGACUGGAAGACUAACAAAGAGAACUCUCAUAAAGAGGCCUGCAAGAAAUCCCAGGAUAAAUGGGAGAGGGAGAAGAACGAGCGCAGGCUGGACAGGGAUAAAAGAAAGCAGGAGAGGCUCUGGCAGUCCAGGAAAGACUACAAGAAAGAGUCCAAUCACCAUCAACAAGACUCCAACUAUCAGGAGCAACAUCAGCCCCACCAAUAUGAACACACCAGCUUCUGGAAGCACCAGGAAGAGAAACUUGGACGCAAAGUUCGCCCCCUGGCGGGCUGCAGCAGUGUUGAGGACUGCGCUAGCCAGGAAGGGCUCGUUCCCGUGGAACUGUCUGAAUUUGAGGAGUUGUUAGAUGGCUACCUGAGCAAGCUGGAGGGGGCUAUGUCGGACAGCAAGGCCGAGAUCCAGAAGCUGGCCGCCAUGUUUUUCCGAGACGGUGUGUUCGUUCAUGACAAAGUUCUCUUCAGUGACUUUGUUGAAGAUGUGGCGGACAUUUUAGAGGACAUGGUGGACAUUUUGGAGGAUGAUGACUCCCUGGAGGAGGCGAUGGAGGAGUUUGAGCGAGAAGCUUUGUGGAAGUUUGCAGCCACUACAUAGAUAUAAAUAAACCAGAAGAAGAUGCAACAUCAAGAUACAGCACUGCUAUUCCAUGGUGGUAUACAGCAGGUGUUUUAAAGCUUCCGAAACAAGGAGUGAUCUUGCAUUUCGUAAACAUGUCCCUAUCUCUGCAUCUAUAAUUAACUGAAAUCGUUCUUCUUUUGGGACUCGUCGUUACCUCCUUAUGUCAGUUCAUGUCAUGUUUUCAAUUCCAAGCCCUACAUGUUGACAGUUGUGUGGAGUUGAUUUGCAUAAAGUGUUUGGCACUUGUAAUGUCACAGUUCAAGAUUAGAACAGGAUAAGAUUCACAGCAAUGUGAACUCGAUGUUCCCACAACAACCGAUUGCCAAUCAGUCUCUCAUCUUGUUGUCAUCGUCAGGAUCAGAUCUAGUUGAACCGGUUCUGUAUCAGCUCUGAUAGCUUCUGUUGUAUCAGCUCUAUACAGAGCUGUGUAGGCGCUAGGCCCUUAGUGGUUGGUUUCUGUUUUUUGCUAAUUGUCUUACCAUUUGAGUAUAAUGGUCGGUAAAAGCAGAACAUUCUGGAACAUUUUAAUGAAAGCAGAAGGUGCCCUGCCAAGCCAGGACGGGGGCCCAGCUCUGCUGCCUCAAUCGCUUUGGCACAAGCAGGAGUUCUUACUACUUAUUCACACUGAGCUCAUGUGGUGUCCUAACGUGGCAGGAAUCAAUUCUAAUAUAGCUCGGUGUACUAUGCUGAGUUAGACAUUGAUAAAGGAGUGCAAAACCACAUUGGCAAUUUGACACAUCUGAACUAUUGUUUUUGACACAUUUUGAUCAGUCAAUGGUAUUUUCAAUAAGCACUCUUCUUGGUUGCAUUUUCCUUUUUAGCGUUAUUUUGAUUACGGUGAUAUAACCUGGAAAAUAUGUCCAUGAGAUCGGUUUAACUGAUGUUUUUUCACGUAAUGCCAUUUACCUUGAGUUCAUGCAAGAUUUCAGUCAAACUAAGUACAAGGUUAUGACAUUAGUACAUAUUAAAAGAAAUGGAUGGUACUUUACAAGAGUUGAACCUGUAAACAUUUCUAGAUGACUGUUUUUAUUUUUAUCUGUUGUCACACUCACUGUAUCAAUUACAUUAGGCUUUCAGGUUUUAAUAGCUUUUUUUUUUAAGUACGAUAAGACUCGUCCCUAAUUUAACAUUUACAUUUUACAUUUAAGUCAUUUAGCAGACGCUCUUAUCCUUCAUUUUAACAUCAAACCAACACUAGCUGUUCAAAUGUCAUGUCCUUUAAAGUAUAUAAUGUGAAAGAAAUUGCUUAAGUUUUAUUUUGAAGAUUUUGUUUCUUCCAACGAUGUGCCUUUAUUUAUUUAUAAGUCAAUUUUCACACUUGGAUUGACAGUGUUUGACAGACAACUAAAUUGGUUUGCUUCUGUAAGCUGAAGAAUUCAAACUAUUUGUUAACUUGAUUGGUUAUGGUCUGGUUAUUUUUUUUGGUCUUUUGUGAAGAGAAAAAAUGUAGGUUACUCCUUUUUGUGAAUUUAAUAAGAUAUAGUAAGUAAUAUUUGAAUGUUUUUGGUUGAAUUUAAAACCUGUAAAUGUAAAUUCAUUGUUCAAGCUUUUUGACCAACGAAGUGUAGCGAUGAUGUGGAUAAAUACUUAAAAUAAUAAGCAACUUGAGCAGUUAUAAACAAACUGCAUAAAAUGAGGAUUUCUUCUUCUUUUUUAACUCUCCAAAAUGCACAUGAUUACAUGUGUAACAAUGUUAUUUUACAAUGGACAUAUCCUUUAGAUAACUUAGGAGUCAGGGCAGUCCCAGUUUAGCAUUUAAUAAAAUUGAGUUAAGUUGAAUGUGUAGUCUAGUCUCAGCAGCCGUCUCUUAGUGGGUUUGUGUUGGACUUUUAAAUUAAGAUUACAAUAAAAAUCUUCAUCUUGAAAGA